AUGGAUUACCUGCAUUCAGCAGUGACGGAGUCUCUCCGCCUGUACCCACCUGUUCCCAUUGAGUCCACGGUUUCCGCAGAAGACGAUGUUCUGCCCGACGGCACGCCCGUGGAGAAGGGCGCGCAGGUUUUUUACUCGAUUUACUCUUCCGGCAGGUUGGAGAGCGUUUGGGGCGAGGAUUGCGUGGAGUUCAAGCCGGAAAGGUGGAUGAAGAAUGGUAGGUUUGUGAGGCAAUCGGAUUCCAAGUUUGUAGUCUUCAACGGAGGACCUCGGCGCUGCACUGGCAUGGAAUUUGCGUACUGGCAGAUGAAGUGGGCUGCGGCUUCAGUUCUUAUUCAUUAUUCCAUAAAGAUUGUUGAUAAGCAUCCCGUAAUUCCUAAGUACGGACUCUCGCUUUUCCUGAAGUAUGGUUUGCUCGUAACAGUUCACCAAAGAGAAAUAGUAGAUGGUGAGAGCAGCAAAUAA